AGAUGAAGCCUGAAAAAAUACUUUAGAUCUAGCAUAGUUUUUAUUUUUUGAUGUAAUAUUUUGUAAGUAAUUGUAUGAUGUCCUUAUGUUAAAAUGCUUAUUUCUUCUCCAAGUAGGCGAACGAUGGUUGCUAGCAAUGAUACAUACGUAUCAACAACAGAAGGAGGCAUUGAUUGGUCUCAGAUUGAGAUAGCACCAAUGAAUGAUGAGGAAAUUGAUGUUCCUAUAACAGAAGAAAAUAUGUGCUCGGUGCUUGGAAUCGACGAUCAGCCUGUGCAACGAAAAUGUGUAUCUGAAGCGGCCAUCAAAGCCUCGAUUGCAAAUGUUGAUGCAUGUAUAGCUGAUAUUAAUGAUGACUUACUUGCUGAUGCGGCUCUUCCAGUGCCUGACCAUAUGCCUGAAGAUGAUCACUUUUGGUAUGAUAAGGAACAUCCUGUGAUAGAGGAAGGUUCUUUGUUUCGUUCGAUGAAAGAGUUUAGGAUGCUUAUGAGAACAUUUGCUAUUAGAGGUAAGUUUGACAUCAAGACCAAGGAUAGUGACAGUACUAGAUAUGUGGGUCACUGUAAAGGAAAUGGAUGUCCUUGGCGUAUAAUUGCUAGAACGAUAGAAGAUGGCAAAACAGUCAGGGUACAAACUUAUCUAACACUAAUCAUUUUUUAUGUUGAAACAAUUUUUAAAAAUUACUUGCACCUAAUGGUUGCUAUUGUGCAGGUUAACAAGAUAGUAAAGCCUCAUUAGUGUUCAUCAACCGCUAAAGUGAUUACAAGCAUGGCAGACCAAGCAUGGGUGGCAGAAAAGGCAAUUGGGUAUCUUCAAAGUGAACCAAACAUUGGUGGCAUGGAGCUCCUAAAAAAGCUACAAGCAGAGUACAAAUGUACUAUUGGGUAUGAUACUGUUCAAAAGGGAAAAGAAAGGGCCGCAAAUAUGUUAUAUGGAACCUGGGGAAAAAGCUUUCAGAAUUUAUUCAACUUCAAAGCUGAGAUUGAUAAGAGAUCUCCGGGUAGCAUUGUUGAGGUUGAUGUCAAGAGGGAAAAAGGUGGAGUGUAUUUCCGGAGAUUUUUUAUGGCACUUAAGCCAAGUAUUGAUGGCUUUUUGGCUGGUUGUAGACCAUAUCUCAGUAUAGACUCCACACAUUUGACUGGAAAGUGGAAUGGUCAAUUGGCGGCAUGUACAGCACUAGACGGACAAAACUGGAUGUUUCCUUUAGCAUUUGGUUUCUUUGGUACGGAGACUGAGGAGAAUUGGGUUUGGUUUAUGCAACAACUACAUAAGGCAAUAGGACAUCUUCAAACUCUAGCUAUUUGUACUGAUGCAUGCAAAGGGUUAGAGAAUGCAGUUAAAAUUGUUUUUCCUCAAGCUGAGCAAAGGGAAUGCUUUAGGCAUCUAAUGGCAAACUUCAAAAAGAAGUUUCAUGGAGAUGUUUUUGGUCGCAUGUGGCCAGCAGCCAAGGCUUACCGUCUAGAAACAUUUAACUACCAUAUGGGCAAGAUUUUCGAAGCUGAACCUACAGUGAGUACUUACUUGUGUACUUAUCAUAAUUUGAAGUGGAUGAGAUGCGACUUCAAUACAGAAAUAAAAUGUGAUUACAUUCACAAUAAUCUAGCUGAGUGCUUCAAUAGCUGGAUCAAAGGAACAAAGGAUCUGCCCAUGGAUGAGCUAGCAGACAAAAUAAGAGAGAAAAUUAUGAUACUUGUUGAGAGGAGGAGAAGGAUUGGGGAAAUGCUCCGGGGAGAGACGGUGCCUGCCAUCAUUCAACAAAUAAAUAAUAGAACUAGACAACUUGACCAUUUGGUUGUUGGAAGAUCAACCGGAGAAAGUUGUGAGGUCAAGGACACCAGCAAGAAGAAUCUUAGGCACGUUGUCAAAAUAGGUACCUAUGAGUGCACUUGCCUAGAAUGGCAGCACACUGGAAAGCCCUGUGAGCAUGCACUUGCAUUUCUUAUAGAGAGAGUAGAUGUGAACUUUCAACCAUAUGUGCAUGACUACUACUCUGUGAGUAGGUUCCGGGCUGCCUAUGCUGGAGAGAUUGAACCAAUCACAGACAAGUCUCAAUGGCCUCAGGUUACUCUAGAUUUUGAGAUGAUACCACCAGAUUUAAAAAGCUAUGUUGGGAGAAGGAGGAAGCAGAGGAUCAAAAGUUGCCUUGAAGACGGUGGUGGUGGUGGCAAACGGAAGAAAAAAGAUGAUGAUGGCAAACGAAAUGAGCAAGAAGGUGGUGACAAACAGAAGGAAAAAGAAAAGAAGAGAUUUGGCACGAAAAACAGGUGCAAACAAUGUGGAAUCUUGGGGCACAGAAAAGCAACUUGUGAAAAGAAGGAAGCUAAUGAGAGCGACGUGUUUGCUCACGAGCUCGCUCCAGCUGUUGUUGCGACACCCACACGCACAACAACAAUCACAGUGCCUCCCAGCCUUCAUAACAGCCCUGGACCUAUUACAAGGAGGAGACUUGCUAUGGCCAUAGCCGAAGGCGAUGCAUCACAACCAUCUGGAACAACGAAUGUUUCUGUACCAUCGCCUACUUCUCACAUCCCUUCAAGCUCUACGGCAUGCAAGAAAAAAAUGACCCCAAGGAGGAAGAAGAUGUAAUUUGCUUGAUGUAAACUCAGAUUAAACUGUUACGCCAUUUGAACCGAGCAGUCCUUUUUAUGACAUCGAAUUCCAUGCACUAAGUGGAUACUUGUUGUCAGUAUUUUUUAUCUAUGAAGUUUUUAUAUGCUGCCAAGUUCUACCGAAGUGUAUAUGUAAGGAUGCAUAGCAUCAUAUGUAGAUGCCUAACCGGUGGUUUAAUUAGAAAAUGCACUUCAGCGUACCCAGCCCGACAAUUGGAGCAUGCCCAGCUGCUAAUUACUACCAACAAUGUCGUUCAGGCUUGCUAUUAGUAGCGUAGUAGCAACAAGCUCACACAAAAAUUUGUACAGAUGC